AUGACUGGCGCAUCAUCGUCGCAUGUCCAAGAGCUCUAUGACAAGUAUGGCUUUCUUCUGUUGACAGGUCUUCCGCGAGGCUCGUAUCUCACAUUGGAUGCGCAUGCCUUCCGUAUCGAUACCUCGUUUCAAGGCUUUAAAAUGAUCCCCCCUGGCUUGCAUGCAUUAGCGUGGCAGGCUGCAGCAAAGGCAGACGACGAUCACAUGGAGCCCAUGGCCGCGGAAGGCAUUCGCUCUAUUCUAUUCGUCUAUAUACAUGAGAAUCAGGUCUUAGCACGGACGUACAAUGCCUCGUCAGAUGCAUGGACUCUUUUACCAGGCACCACGCCGCAGGCUGAGAUCAUUGUGGGGCGCGAGCAUCUGCAAGCCAUGGAUAAACAGCUUGCUGCCUAUCCUAUGACCGCUCGAGACUCAUGGACUACUCUCACAAAGCACUUAGCCCAACAUCCAGCCAUUCUCCAACGUAUAUUUGGUCUACAGUCGUCAGACGCUACGUGUGAUUCCUUCACACCUGUCACCAUACAAGAGAGCUCUGUACCACUACGCCAUGCCUCUAAAGAAUCCACCCUCUUGGAUCAGGCAUCUACCAUUACACAUUCUCUUCAUUGCACACCCUUCGUCCUCGCACGUAGCUGGCCGCCUUCCGCGCAAGGCGUGGAGCGAACGACAUGGAGUAUGGACAAAUCCUGGCUAUUGCAAGACGUCCUGCAUCGUGCUGCCGAGCCAGGUAUAUCUCCUACCUAUACCCCUCUCCUUUGCGAGGUCGAGCUAUGCUUCAUCCUGUUCCUCUACGCUAACAAUGCAGCUGCGCUCGAGCAUUGGCUUUCUCUUCUGACCCUGUUCGCUUGUUCUGCCUCUAUGCUUGGUGCGCCUGGACCACACAGUAUGCAUCCGUGUGAAUGGGACCAUACCACGACCAUGCCAUCCCCUUCCGCGCCAGCCUUAGAAGCCCAUAUCGCUUGGAUGCAUACCCUUACGACACAGUUCGAAGCACUUCCGUCUUCGAUCUGGACGGAAGAAUUAGCCACGUCCGAAGCCCGCGUUCUCCGCGAUUUGGCUCAACUACGUGCGAACAUUGCGCGAAGUCUCGGUGCAUGGGCUGUCUCUCAUCCUCCAGCUACCCCGUCGUCCACCCAUGAACGUCUUGUCCAAGCGUGGCGGGCGCUUAGCACAACAGCUCGGACCCGCUUUGGAUGGACGCUGGAUCAGUCUGUUGACGAGGAAAUCGAGGCAGACGAAUGGGAAGAAGGGGACAAUGCACCUGUCAUUGUAGAUACUGAGAUACUAUAA